AUGUCGGCAACACAAACCGUAACGAAGUCAGACACUGCCGUUGGGAAGCUCACCCUGGCAUAUGAUGACACCAUUCACCAGAAGUACAAAUAUCAUGACUAUCUUCCCGUCUACGACGAGGAGACUCACUUUGACCCAAUCCAGCCAUUCGAGUUUACGGAUCGGGGUCUUGCAGCGGACAAGUCCAAGUCUUCCCUGCUGUCCGACAACAACCCCGAUCUCAAAGUGUCUAAGCUCACUCCGGUGAUUGGAACCGAGAUUCGUGGCCUCCAGCUCUCCCAGUUGAAUGACACGCAAAAGAAUGAGCUGGCGCUGUUAAUUGCUGAGAGGGGCGUUGUCAUUUUCCGUGAUCAAGACUUUAAGGAUAUCGGACCAGAGAAGCAGAAGGAGUUUGCGAGAUAUUUUGGACCUCUUCAUAUCCACCCCGUUGGAGCUCAUGUUAAGGGCCAUCUCGAGUAUCACAACAUCUAUCUUGGCCCAGACAACGAAUAUCGAGCUCGGCAGCGAAGAGAAAGGCUCACCACCACGGGAUAUCAUUCCGACGUCUCAUACGAGCAUCAGCCCCCUGGCAUCACGAUUCUCACUCUUCUCUCUGUCCCGCCGACCGGUGGUGACACAGCGUGGGCAUCGCAGACUGCGGCAUACUCGCGCCUGUCACAACCCAUUAAGACCCUCCUCGAGGGUCUGCGCGCUGAGCACAGCGGUUACAACCAGGCAGAGAAUGCCCGACGUGAUGGAAGGCAUGUUCGUCGCGAGCCUGUGAAGUCUGAGCACCCUAUCGUGAGGGUCCAUCCAGUGACGGGCGAAAAGGCCUUGUUUGUGAACAAGGGCUUCACGAAGCGCAUCAUUAGCCUCCAGCACGAGGAAUCGGACGCUCUCCUGCAGCUGCUGUUCAAUCACAUUGCCCUCGGCCAAGACUUCCAGGUCCGUGUCAAGUGGGAGGAGGGAACGGUUGCUCUGUGGGACAAUCGCGUGACGGCGCACACUGCCAUCUCUGACUUUGACCACCGUAACCCGCAGGAGGGCCUUCGCCAUGGAAUUCGGCUGACGACUCAGGCGGAUAAGCCAUCAGGCGUGAAUGGGCUUGAGUCUGUGUGGUGA